GCGUAACGUCGCGACGCGUUUCAGACACUUUACAAUCAGCGAAGCGUCAGUGUACGACCGAUCAUUCCGCAGAGAUGACAGCGAACAAGGUGUUCCAAGCGAUCGCGUUAUGCGUGGUUUUAAAUUAUUUCAUGGAUUGCGGAAGCGCGGCGAGAAUACUCGCUAUAUUUCCAACGCCUUCGAUCAGUCACCAAGUCGUAUUUCGGGGGCUGACGUUGGCCCUGAACAAAAGAGGCCACGAACUCGUCGUGAUCACAACCGACCCCGUGAAGGACCCCACGUUAAAGAAUUACAGGGAAAUCGAUCUCAACUAUCUCUACGAUAGCUUCGGAGAAAUAGACUUCGUCGGAAUGAGACGAUCGAUGAACUGGCCGGAUAUGCUCGUCCAAUUGGAAGCUAUCCUGCACCAUCAGACGCGUCAAGCCUUGGAAAAUCCGGAAGUGAAAAAACUGCACGCGCCCGAAAACGACGAGAAAUUCGACGUGGUGCUGAUGGAGUUACUUUUCUGGCAGGCCCUAACGCCUCUCGUCACCAGAUUCAACGCGCCGUUAAUCGGCAUGGUGUCGAUGGCUCCGUCUACUCAGGUUCACUACCGUAUCGGCAAUCCGAUACUUUCGAAUCAUCCAUCGGUCUGGGAACUGGACAAGGAUAUCCACGAAUCGCCGACGCUCUGGCGGAGGCUGAAGAACUUCGUGAAUCUUUGGAAAUAUUUGUAUUAUUUCGAAACCGAUUUUGUGACGAAGCAACAAAAAAUGGCCGAGGAAUUCUUUGGCGAAGAUAUCCCGGACGUGAGAGACAUCGAGAAGAACGUCAGUCUGAUACUCGUCGAUCAACAGACACCGAUUUCCCCCGUGAGAGCGAAUCUUCCCAAGAUCGUUCAAUUCGGCGGCUUUCACGUUUCGAAGAAAGUUCAAACUUUACCGAAGGAUCUGAAGAAGAUCUUGGACGAAGCUAAGUCGGGUUUCGUGUACAUGAGUCUCGGAACGAACGUGAAGAGCAAGCUGCUCAGCAACGAGACUAGGGGUGAAUUUAUGACAGCGUUUUCCAAGGUACCGUACAAGGUGCUCUGGAAGUUCGAGGACGACGAACUCCCGGGCAAGCCGGACAACGUCGUGAUCAUGAAGUGGACCCCGCAGCAGGCUGUUCUGGCGCAUCCGAAUCUGAAAGUCUUCGUUUACCAAGGAGGACUGCAGAGCACGGAGGAAGCCAUCCACCACGGUGUUCCCUUGAUCGGGCUACCGACCAUGGGAGAUCAGGAUAUGAACGUGAAUAAAAUGGUCUCCUUGGGGGUUGCUAAGAAAAUCGAAAUCACCACAUUGCGCAGCGAGGAAUUGGUGGAAGCGAUAACCACGAUAGCUCCCGACGAGAGCUACAAAAAGAGGAUGUCAAACUUACGUUCGCUGCUCGGUGACAAGCCGAACGAUGCGAUGGAGACCGCGAUCUGGUGGACCGAGCACGUGAUCCGUCACAGAGGUGCUCCUCAACUCCACUCCACCGUGGCCGACGAACCGUGGUACAGACGCUACGAUAUGGACCUGAUUGCCAUCGUCUCCGCAGGAUCUGUGAUCGUUUUACAAGCGUUCUUAUUUAUAUCCUAUAAGUUUUUAGUCUACGGUAUUCGCUUGCUCACCAAAGUCUCCGUUGCGAAUGAGAAGAAGAAACGAAGCUGAUCCGAUCGAGGUGGUUACGGUCAGCACGUGAACGCCACUCGUCAAUUGUAGGAUUGGCUGUAAGCAAGUUAUAAUUAUUUAGUGAUAUUUAGUUAUAGUUAUUUACUUAUGUCUACUUUAAGUAAUUUUUUCCGAAUCCUUCGAAGAUCGGUGCGCAAAUGUUACACUUACAAUUAGGAAAAAAUUUCGUUUCGGACGCUAUGCAAGUAUAGAAUAAUGCAGGUAUUUUGAUUCCUGCCAUACUGCAGUUUACAUUAUUACGCCAAUUUGAUGCAACGUUUUGCCUUCCUUUCA